AUGGAGAUGGUCAACGGCUAUCGUGCUGUGAUUGUCGGGUGGGAUUUGACCGCAAAAGCAUCUAAGGAGUUCUUAGAUAGGGUGCAUAAGGGUGAUCAGGAAAUGAUCAAUAGCCCACACUAUGCAGUGCUGAUAGACGUACGGGACCGUCUAGUACCACAACUCGGUUAUAUUCAUCAGGAUAAUAUAGAGCCGUAUGCGGGAAGGAUUAUUCAUAAUCUAGUCAGUAGUUAUAUGGAGAGGUACGACGAAUCAAAACACAGGUACAUACCGAAGCCAUGGUUGAAACGAGUAUACCCCGAUGAUUGACAGUUACAUUAUAUACGAAGCAUUGCACAUCAUCUCUUGGUGAAUUAUACGGGACAUUUGUAUAUGUAUAAAGCGUGGAGGAUUUAUUGUUAUGUGUAGCUCAAAGUUUUACGAUAAAUUUUGUUUACGUGAAGG